AUACGCAUGCGUAUAGUGUUAGCAUUGCGUACAACACAUAAAGUGCGGCAAAAAAUUGUUUGUUUUGUUUUGAAUGGGAUUUCAUUGAAUGAAACAUUUGUUGCGUUUUUUGUGUCUCUAAAUGUAAUUAUCAUUUUGUGACCACUUAUUGACCGAUAAAUUAUACGGACAAACAUUAAGACAUUGUUGACCACACAAUGUUGUCAUCGCGAGAGACAACACUGACCACACAGGCCAACAGUCAAGUCGACGACGAGUUGUUCCGAUUCGAGGCCGAGAUUCGUGACCCGAAACGACUGAUACCGAUGUUAAGGUCGAUCAACAUUAUGCGGACAACAGUAAUGGCCAUCACAUCGAAAGGCCUGAAGCUGACGUGUCAGGAUUCGGGUCGCUGUUUGCAGGCCAACAGUUUUAUCGACCGCACACUAUUUGACCGCUACUCGAUGUCCAACGAGACUAUUCCAGUGUCGGUGUGUUUCAGAUUAACCGAUCUUUUACACGUAUUGACACUUAUGUGUGGUUCGGUACCCGUGGCCAUUGCGUCCGAUGUCCAUAUGGUUGGCGGCGGCGAUGAUGUACUUCGAUUGAAAUACAGUUCAGAUGUUGAGCGCAUUCGUCUGGAGUUUCGCGAAGAAACGGCACACAAGAAGGCAUACAUUAGGACCUAUGAAGUGGAAGAGUUGAUGAUAUUUCAUAUGAAUUGUAUUAACAAAGUCAUACUMAACGCCGAACCUAUUGUCGAUUUCUGGAAGUCGUGUGAUCUGAGCAGCGAUCACAUAGAGGUCGGCAUAACAGCUGAYGAACCUUACUUGCGGUGGUCGACGGACAGCGAACGGGCCAGAGUUCACUAUAAUAUAAACAAAGACAGUCCUGAUGUCGAACAGUUCAUGCAUUCAGAAGAUGUGACCAAUCGCUACAAGAUGUCACUCAUGAAGUUUACAUUAAAAGCAUUAAUCAACUCAAGCAAACUGUCCAUACGUACCGAUGCCGAUGGUCUUCUGAGUCUUCAAUUUAUGAUACGACUUAAGGACGACAGAGACCAACCCGUCGAGCAUUGCUUUGUCGAGUAUUUUAUUGUACCCGAAGUGAACGUACAUUUAUAUCAGUCAUAAUCAGUUGUGUGAUUGAGUGCCGGGAGGUGUG